AUGCUUUCCACGAAUCUCCACCACCAGCAGUACCCGUCGGCCUUCAGCCACCUCCCCGCGCCGAACAUGGUCGACCAUCACCACCAACAUCAACAACAACAACAACAACUACCACCACCACCACCACCAUCACAACAACAACAACAACAUCACCACCACCUCGCCGCCCAGCACAUGGGCCCGUCGCCGCUCGACACCCUGGCCCACACGUCGCAGUACGCAGCACUGCAGUUCCACCAGACCCGGCAUGUCUUGCCCCACGGCAAGGCUCUCGUCAAGCCCCAUCGCUUGCCCUACGCCAGCGGGCCAAUAGCGCCCCGCAACCAGCGCGAGAUGCUCCACGAGCGAUCUGGUCGCGGCAGUGCGACGUCUGGGCCCGUACGGCGCAGGAUCAGUCGGGCGUGCGACCAGUGUAAUCAGUUGCGGACCAAGUGCGAUGGCAGGCAGAGUUGCGCGCAUUGCAUAGAGUUUGGUCUGACAUGCGAAUACAUACGCGAACGCAAGAAGCGCGGCAAAGCAUCGAGAAAAGACAUCGCCCAGCAGCAGGCCGCAGCCGCAGCCGCGGGAAAUGGCGGCCAGCCGUCCGAGGACGCUGCGACGCCAUCAUCUGACACCAAAGCUGGCGAGUCCACCCAGAGCAGCAGUCCCAAGCUGCCUGAUGGCCAACGCCCGCUCCCAGAGCUUCCCAGCCGCUCAGCGAGCAUGGCAACACCGAGAUCCGACAUGGAGCCCGCACCGCCCUUCCAGAACCGCGCCAUGAGCAUGAGCACCCUGGAUGCGAUGCGAGAAGACGAGAUGCAUGGCAUGCAGCCCAUGCAACCGCCUCGAAUUCAGACCCAAGGACUGCCUAUGCACUCGUCGAUUCCCGAGUACACCUCCAUGGAUGACUACCACCGUAACAUGACAUACCAGUCCCCGCUGCAGAUGAUGCAGCCGAGCAUGCAUCCCAUCGUCCCCUCUCACGGCCUGGAGUACUCUGACAGCCCUUACAGUAUGAUGAGCCCGCAGAGCGCACAUGCGCAAGCACCACCCCACCCAUUCAGGCUACCUGAAGAGCCGCCGAAUAUGGGCUACAUGACUCAAUCGCCAGUGGCUAGCUCCCCAGAAUGGAUGCUCCCUUCCCCAUCUACGACCAUGUACUCCGGCGCACCACACCAAAAUCCCGCUCAACAGCUGAGGUAUCCCGUUCUCCAGCCAUUGGUACCUCAUCUCGUCGAUGUCAUGCCCGUUUCGCUGGCCUGCGACUUGCUAGAGCUCUAUUUCCAGAGCUCCUCGCCCACCUUCCUGCAACCUGUCUCCCCGUAUGUGCUCGGUUACGUCUUCCGAAAACGCUCCUUCCUCCGACAAAACAACCCCCGCGUGUGCAGCCCAGCACUGUUGGCUAGCAUGCUUUGGAUCGGCUGCUUGACGAGCGAGUCACCGUACUUGUCAUCAUCACCCUCUGCAAGAAGCCACUUGUCAGAAAAACUGGUCAAUCUGUCCAUCAACCUCCUCAAACCUCUGGUUCACCAAACACCAGGCGAGUCUAACGCGACCUCCGGCGCAUUUGCCAACAAUGGUAUCGUCAAUGGUGUCACAAUGGGUGGCUUUGGCAUGCCAGCGCAAGACUCUGAAAUAGGUCUACCGGGAGCACCCGGUGAUCUUGACGAUGUAGCAACCUAUAUGCACCUGGCUAUUGUCAUCUCAGCGAGUGAGUACAAGGCCGCAUCGCUCCGUUGGUGGAACGCUGCGUGGUCACUAGCCAGGGAAUUGAGGCUGGGCAAGGAAGUGCCUGUGACACCUCCACCUGAGCCAAACGACGAAGACGCGGAUGGCGAUAUCGAGGCGGCCGACCUAGGCGGAACUUAUCCGAGUGGACAGAAUAGCCUUUUGGACACCACUGAAGAACAACGAGAAGAACGCAGACGCAUCUGGUGGCUGCUGUACACUGUCGACCGCCACCUAGCUCUAUGCUACAACCGACCUCUAUCUUUAUUAGAUGUCGAAUGUUCAGGCCUUCUGCAGCCACUUGACGAUAACGUAUGGCAAUCUGGCGAAUUCUUCGAGGACUCCGCUCAAUCGUUUUCAGAUCCCACAUUUCGCCGAAGAGGUCCUGCCUUUGAGUGCACCGGACACUCCAUUUUCGGAUUUUUCCUUCCUUUGAUGACCAUCCUUGGCGAAAUCGUCGACCUGAACUAUGCUCGAAAUCACCCGAGAUUCGGUACGAAAACCGAUUGGGACGACCAUGCAUUAGAGAUCAGUCAGCAACUGGUGGCAUACGGUCAGUCCCUGCAAGAGCUUCGGAAUCGCGCAAUCAACGAGGCCAAUGCGGAAUCGCACGAGCCAGCCCAUCCUAGCACACCCUCCGUCCGAUCUGUCAACUCCACGAUUUCAAGAGCACAGGAAUCUUUGAUGCACGCCAAGAUUGUCGAAGCCUAUGGCACACAUCUCAUGCAUACACUGCAUAUUUUACUAAAUGGGAAAUGGGACCCCAUCUCCCUCUUAGAUGACAACGACCUCUGGAUAUCUUCACAAAGCUUCGUCGACGCCACGGGACAUGCCGUCUCGGCAGCCGAAGCCUUGAACGAGAUUCUCGAGUAUGACCCGGAUCUAAGUUUUAUGCCCUUCUUCUUCGGCAUAUACCUCCUGCAGGGCAGUUUUCUCCUGCUGCUAAUUGCCGACAAGCUGCAAGGGGAGGCGAAUCCGAACAUUGUUCGUACAUGCGAAGUCAUUGUGCGCGCGCAUGAAGCGUGCAUCGUCACCCUCAAUACAGAGUAUCAGCGAAAUUUCCGGAAAGUCAUGCGCUCUGCUCUACAGCAAGUGCGUGGUCGAGGCAUGGACGAACAUGCCGAACUGGCGCAACAGCGUCGCCGGGAAAUGCUGAGCCUUUACCGCUGGAGUGGUGAUGGUUCUGGCCUCGCGCUCUGA